AGUGCUUUGCGGCCGGGGGCGGGCUUGGUUUCUUUAGUAGUAGAUACUAAACUUGAAUGCAGCGGCGGGAAGAGGUCGUAUCGAUCAGGGAGGGCUAUGCGUAGGACGGUGUAGCAGGUCUGAGCGCGGCCACUGCUCCUGGGGUGACCAUGCCUACCAGAGGCAUCAAAAGAAAGUUUCCGGAUUGGGAGGAGUCUGUGCUGGAUGGACAUCUGUCCUUUCAGACAGACAGUUACUCCUUCUUCCGUCAGUCCUUACUGAACAUGUCACUCGAGAAGUUCAACAAGGGACGUAUGAUGAUAGAGCCUAGUUUGCGACGCUAUGUUCUUAUUGCCAACACCCUGAGAGUCAUCCAGGAGGAGAUCCACCACGAAAAUCGAUGUAGCGUUCCCAGCUUAGAAGGUGGUACAUCUGGUGUAUGUGAUCCAUUGUCUGGGCAUGUUGUAGGCCCCGUUCUUCCUCAAGAUCUGGAGAACAUCAUCCUCCCUUCUUUGGAAGAGGACUUCUCUGUGACUGCCACCAUUGCUUCCAUUUUAAAAGAGCUAGAGAGCGUUUUAGAUGAAAGUUGCCCUCAAAACCUUCAGCCACGUGUUGGCAUACAGGAUCCUGUAGCCAAGCAAGAGUCCUCCAAUACCAUUGGUGCUAGAUUUCCUUCUGUUCCGCCAACAUGUGAUCGAGGUGCGACUGUGAAGGAAGAUUUGUUAAAUAGCAACCCAUCAUCUAUAAGUGACACCAGGAAAAUAGAGUUAAUUAGAGAGUUGGUGCUGGCUGGUGAAACAUGUUCAGAAACCCCAGAACCUAUGGACACUUCAUCGAUUGAGCAGGCGCCUGCUGUAGUCUCCUCAGCUUCUAAUGUAUUUGAAGUUCUUGUGGCUAUGGACUCUACCAGCAAUGAAGAAAUUAGUUCACAGGCCUCAACUGCACAGACUAACCCAUCAGUCCCUCCUGGGGAACUCAAGGCUUCGGAGGCUGUCUUCGGUAGUUUUGAAAUUAUGAACUCAAGUUACCUUAAUGAUGUUUCCUUUGAUGACCCUUUUUCAGAUAUAGACACCUCUGUGUUUGAGAGAGAAACUCCUUCUACUGGGAAUUUCCAAAGCAGCCGAUCAUCUUCAGAAGAGUCAUGGUUUCCAUCCUCUUGUAGUUCUCCAUCCUAUAGCUCAAGCCCAGGUCUUAGGGAGUCGAAUGAAAUAGAUAAGAUCAUCGAAAUCCUCGUUGGAUCCUGAUUUCUCGACUGCAGUAGGACAAUAAUGGACAGUCGUUUGAGCUGGAAGGACUCUGAGAACAUGCGACUUUUGCACACAAACUAUCCUUUGCUGGUUAUCUUUCGUUACCUGCAAGUGUGGUGCCUCCAACCAGUAGCAAGCGGUGUUGAAUGUUUACAGAAGCGAUGCAGUAAUAGUCACCUCCAUCAAGCUUGCCAUGGCUGAUCACGUGGUGCAUAUUGCCUCCGAUUGUUAUUAUUUUCCUGUUUUAUAACUAGUCUUAAUACCGUAAUGUAUUAUGGGGGUGGACUGGGCUAAAUGCUCGCAGGGCAGUCAGUCUACCUUGUCUUCUAUGAAGAUUGUAUUUUUAUCUAACUGGUUUUAAUUUUUAAAGACUUUGGUGCUUUGGCGGAUCAAACCUAUGGUGCAGAUGUAUAGAAACAGUGCACAGGAGGGUGGGUGUUGUCCAUAGGAAAAGGUUGGAAUUGUUACGGUAUGUUCAGAUGGAGGAUUUUGGGCCUGGGUUUCAACGCGCAUUUGGUGCCUAAACCCGGGCUGAGUCUGUGCUGAAACUUCCUCCCGUUGUUUUCAAUGGGAGGCCACCCCAUAGUUCAUACACGCUGAGUGUGUACUUCUUAAUUUUUGGUGCUGUUACAGCGAAGACCCCUCGCAAAGCCACAACGCGAGCUCGUGGUUUGUCUCCAUUCAGUAGGGCAAAACCAAGAACAGGUCCGCACCAUACAAAAUGAAAACCCUCGGCGGAGUUACACAUCAGAUUUCGAUGUGCACAUACCCUCACUGUGAUACCUUGUAAAUGAAAUUGCUGGCUGCUAUGACAUCAUUUUCUGGUACACUAUUUAUUUUAAAUUUUUUCAUUUUUCUUUUUUCUUUUUUUUUUUUUUGUUUCCUGUCAGGUGCUACACAGUCACUUUAUUGGGAUUGGGUCACCACCCUGCUGCCCCUUUUCUUGAAUGUUUCCAAACCAUUACUUAAAGGAGUUCUACAAAUUGACAAAAACAUGCCUGCUUUCUUCCAUCAAACAGCACCACACCUGUCUGCAGGUUGUGUGUGGUAACGCAGCCUGGCUCCA